CCUUCCCCCGCUGCUCUUGCCCUUGGGCCUGUCCCGCGAUGGCCGCCGCAGCCGGGGGGAGCUGCCCCGCCGAGUCGCUGGGCUACUGCCUGGCCCAGCUGCGGGGCGGGGCCGAGCCCGGGCUGGGCCGGGCCCUGUUGGCCCUGCGGACCCGGCACAUCAAGCAGCCCGGCGGGAUCGAGCGGUUCCGGGCCCGCGGGGGGCUAGGGCCCCUGCUGGGGCUCCUGGCUGGGGCCCUUCGGCCCCGCCGCACCCUCGACCUGGCCCUCAGCAUCCUGGGCAACUGUUGCACCGAGGGGGGGAGCCGGGCCCAGGUGCGGGAGCUGGGGGGGAUCCCCUCGCUGGUGAUGAUCCUGAAAUCGCUUGGAGUCGAAAGUAUCCACAACCGGACAGCACGGGCCCUGGGCAACCUGGCCAUUGAUGUAGAGAACCUGCAGGCUAUCCAUGAUGCUGGCGCGGUGCCACCCCUGGUUCAAGUCCUUGCCAGCUCCCAGGACAGCGAGUGCCUACAGAGCGUCAUUCGGGCCCUGCGCAACCUGGGCGCCACCCCAGCGCACCGCCUGGCCCUGGCCCAGCAGGGGGCAGUGCGGGCCAUCUCCGAGCACCUGGCUGCCAGCCCCGAUGACCCUGCCCUGGCUGCUGCGGCUGCCCGGGCCCUGCUAGAGCUCACCAAGGGCUGCAGCCGGGACUGCGCCGAGCAGCUGAGCCUGGGGGGCGGGGUGGCACCCCUGGUGGCAUUAGCCGGGCACAGCAAGCGGGCAGUGCGGGAGGCGGCCGUCUCAGCGCUCUCCAAUCUCUGCCUGCAGGGGAUGCUGCGGCCGGCCGUGGGCAACGCUGGAGGCGCGGCGGUGCUGGUGGGGGAGAUCCAGCGCCGGCGCGGGGCGGGAGCCACCGGCGCCAUCCUGCAGCCCCUGGUCAGGGCUCUGUGCCUGCUAUGUCGGGAGGCCAUGAACCGCAGCCGGGUGCGGGAGGCCGGCGGGCUGGAGCUGCUGCUGGCGCUGCUGCAGGAUGGGCGCCAGCGAGGCUGCCACGCCCGUGUGGUCAUGGCCUUCGUGGCCUUCUUCUACGACCAGGAGGCGCUGGAGGUUCUGCAGGCCGGCGGGCUGGUGGCCCUGCUGGUGGGGCGGCUGGUGGCCCAGGGCCAGUGGGCUGCGCACUGCGAGGAGGAGGAGAAGGAAGAGGAGGGAGAAAGCGAGGACGAGCGGGACGCUGCCUCGUUUGACUUCCCCCCCGAGGGGCGACGGGAGAGCGGGGCACCAGAAGGGGAGUCGCCCAGCUUCCAGAGACUCAGGUCCUGGCUGCUCUCUGAGGGUUACAUUGCCAGUCCCGGCGACCUCUCCCCGCAGUGGUCCCCCGACGGCUCCCUCAGCCCCACUCUCGAGCUGCAGGACGACACACUGGGGCCUGGCCGGCUGCCUGUGGGGCUGGGCUCACCCACCUGCUUAGCUCCUCCGUCGCUGGAGCCAGCUGCCAGGGUGCAGUGCGUGGCACCCGGGGCAGAGCUGGACUCAAUUGUGGCUGACGGAAGCCAUGUGGCAGAGACGCCAGGUGCUGAGGCACCAGUCCUGGCACGUUUGGCUAUAGCCGAAGCUGCCACACACCAUCCAGCAGGGUUACUGCCAGCUGCAGCACUGGAUUUAGCUGCCAGGCACCAUACAGCAUUGCCUAAUCCAGCCAGGAAGGGUGAGCACAGCGCAGCCCCCAUGGCGCUGCUGGCUACACCAAAGUCCACUGGGACCAAGAGAGAUCAUCCAGUGCAGAUUGCCCCGGAUGCUGCCGGCACCGCCUGGAACCUGCAGGCUCAGUUGCCACAGUCGGCGACUCCGAACGAGGAGCUCUCGCCAAACGUCGCUCAGACUGACUUGCAAAAUCCAGCACAGUUCCCGGCUGCAGCAGCCACCGAAGAGUUGUGUCCAGGCACCCUGGUUUCAGCCGGGCCUGGCUGGCACGUCUUGGCAUCAUCAGACGAGCCAGGUCCAGCGCUGGCACUGCCAAUACCCGCCGGGGCCAGCCAGUCCGAUCGGGCACCAAGCCCUGUUCCCGAGCGUCUGCGUCUGGUGUCGCCAAUUCCCGCCGGGGCCAGCCGGUCCGAUCGGGCACCAAGCCCUGUUCCCGAGCGUCUGCGUCUGGUGUCACCAAUUCCUGCCAGGGCCAGCCAGUCCGAUCCGGCACCGAGCCCAAUUCCCAAGGAUAUACGUCUGAUUUCUCCGAUUCCUACCGGGACUGAGCAGCGCUUCCUUGCCGAUGACUUCCUGGAGCCCCAGCCCACUGCUUUUUCCUCGCGGCGCCGUGGCAAAUCACGUCCCCAUCCGGAUAUGGCCCCUUCCACGCCGGCUCUCUUCCAUCCCCCAGGCGAGGCCCUGGCCCCGCAGUUCUUGCUGUGGGGUGGGGAGGAGGAGCUAUCAGCCCCCGAGGCACCUGCCCUGCUGCUGCUGUCCCGGUUCUCCCAGGCUGAGGACCCCAGCCGCAGCCUGGUGACGGGCCCGGUGCUGCGGGGGCUGCUGACCUACGUCACCGGAGCUCCCGCCCCGUUACCCCGCUGCCUGAGGCUGCUGCAUCGGCUCACGUGCAACCCCAUCUGCCUGGAGGCCUUUGUGCGCUGCUACGCCCCUUCCCUGCUGCGGGCCUGGCUGGUGUUGGGCAUUCCCCCAGAGGAGGCUGUCGCCGUGGGACAUGAGACCCCCAGAAGUCCAGACAGCAGGCACCAGGCUGGCAGGAAGUUCAAGGGGUUGGGCGAGACCCUGCUGUGCAAUCUAUGCGUCCAGGCUGAAUCGGCCUUCGGGGUGGGCGUCCUCACCCACAUGCUGCUCUCGGGCGCUGAGGCCGAGCAAGUGUCCUGUGCCGUGGCCCUGCCCCUCAUCUGCAGAAAGAAGUCCCUCUGCCGGAAGCUGCUCCUGGAGCAUUCGGGCCUGCGCCUCCUGCUGGCUGCGUUGACAAGUGGUGCUGACCUGCCCUUCACCUUCUACGCUGUGGACUCUCUCUCCCUGCUGCUGGGGGCUGCCGCCCCCCUCCCCGCCCCUCCUGCCCCCAAGCGCUCCCGGCUGGCAGCCUCCCCGCCGUGCCCCUACGAGCGCCUGGUGAAGGCGGGCGUGGCGGACCUGCAGUUCCGGCUGGACUCGGGCGCCCUGGUGCUGGCCUCGCGCCCGGCUGCGUGCGCCGGCUCCGACGUCCUGCGGGCCAUGCUGGCGGGCGGGUUUGUUGAGGCACGCCAGGCCCUGGUGCCCAUCCAUGGGGUGGCACCUGCCCCCUUCCUGGUGCUGACCCACUUCCUGCAUGGCUGCCGGGGCGAGCCGUGCCCGGCCCUCGGGGGCUUAUUCCCGCCCGGCGAGGGGGAGUUGGCGGAGCAGACGCUGGCGGUGGCCGAGCAGUUCCUGCUGCCCGAGCUGCAGGAGCUGGUGGAGGAGGCGUUGUGCCGGCAGCACCUGCGCCCUGGCGCCGGCCCGGACCAGCUGUACCGGCUUGCGGAGCGGCUGGGCCGGGGGCGGCUGCUGCACCGCUGUGCCCGCUACGUCCUGCUGGGGGCGUCGGAGGAGCCCACCGGCCGGGCGGCCGUGCUGGUGCGGAUCCUCCGAGUCACCGGAGACCCCAAGGGACUGGCCCAGGAGCUGCUGGAGGUUGCCAUGGAGACGCCAUGGGGAAUGGGCACUGAUGGGACCUAGGCUAGGGGGCUGGCUGAGAGCACCGCCCAUGCCCCUCUGGGUGGGGGGGCUGGGCUUAGGGCACUCUGUACCCCUCUGGGUGGGGGGCUUUUGGAACAGAGGA